GUUAUCUCUUUUGAUUUGUAAAUAUGCACUUCUCAUCUACCAUCCGAGAUUGUUAAAUACUUUCAUUUUUGUCUCGAUCGCUAGAAGUCCAACUCUACCUGCGUAGGUAAACUAACUUGGCCCUGGAGGUCGCGGUAUCUGGGCCGUCCCGGAACUAUAAAAAAAAAAGCCACUUGGGGUUAAAAUAUAUUAGACCUCCAUCUAGACAAAAUCCGAAGGAGAUCUAAGGCACGCUAAGAAUCUUCCUCCUGAGCAACUGUCACUACCAUUGUCAUCGUCAUGGACGACUGAAUUUGCCCUAGCAGUCCUGUGCUAUGAGCACUCUGGAGUCUUCGAAUCGAACGAUUUCGUGUGCAAAGGCGAAAGGGUUGCAGUCAAUAUUUUUGGCGAUUCCUUACUGUAUUACUUCAGCCGUUUAUUGGCGCAGGAUACUGGUUUAUGACAAUGGUUGAGCAUCACCCCGUUCAUAAUAGCGAAGUCUAUCUAUUAGGAUUGACGCCGCGCCCUACUAUUCCACCUCCAUCUCCGCCGUCCCCAUCGACGCCGACGGAAGCCGAACCAAGCACCGUUAUCGAAGAGCUCUGCUUAGACGACGUCGACUCCUUUGAAGAUGCUCCGGAAACGGACUCGCUUACCAAGCAACGGCUCUCGGGUGCCGUCCAUGUCCUAAACACCGAAGCGACAGCUCUACGCAACCUCACCCACCUAUACAAGACCGACGUAACGGCCACGCAGGGCUUCGACGCCGCGAUAAGCGCUAUAACGAGGCAUGGCGGCGAACGGGGCGGCAAGCUAGUCAUCAGCGGCGUAGGGAAAUCGGGCCAUAUCGCCAAGAAGCUCGUCGCGACCUUCAACAGCCUCGGUGUGCCCGCGACGUUCCUGCACCCGACCGAGGCCCUGCACGGCGACCUGGGUAAGGUCGGGAAGCACGACACCGUGCUCCUCAUCACCUUCUCGGGCCGUACGGCCGAGCUGCUUGCGCUGCUGCCGCACCUGGACCCGGCGCUCCCCGUCGUUGUGCUGACGUCGCACGCGCGCCCCGACGCCUGCGAGCUCGUCCGCCGUCGCCCGGGAGCCGUCCUCCUGCCGGCCCCCAUCCACGAGCCCGAGGCCGCCUCGUUCGGCGUCUCGGCCCCCACGACCUCGACGACGGCCGCCCUGGCCCUCGGCGACGCCUUAGCUGUUGUCGCCGCUCAGGAGUUGCACUCUAUCGCCGCCGUGCCUGCUGUCUUCGCGCGCAAUCACCCCGGCGGCGCUAUCGGACAGGCCGCGCGCAAGCCCCGUCUGCUGCGCGACCUCGCCGUCCCGCUCGCUGAGAUCCCGGUUUGGGCGCCUGGCCGCCACGCUGCCCUCCCAAAUUCCCACCCAAACCCGAAUUCUCGGCAUAGCGAUGAUCCGAACGACGACGAGGACGACGAGGAGCCCUGCGGCGCGGAUAUCCUGAAGCUGGGCUACGACUCGCGGUCAGGGUGGGCGCAAGUGGGCGAUGCGAUCGCGUCGCCGGGCCGCGUGAGGAGGCUCGACGCGAAGAGCCUCGCGUGGCGCGCUUCCACGAUCCCGGAUCUGCUGGUGGAGCGCGGUGAGUGGAUCAGCAUACGCGCCGACACGCGCAUCAGCCAGGCGGCGGAGUGGCUGCGGGAGCCGCUCAGGUCGCCCGGGUACGGCGGCGAGGCGGCGUGCAAGGAGGAUUCGAUACUGGCGGUCGUGGAGGACGGCGAGGUUGUCGGGGUGCUGGAGGCGGGGCAGCUUUUGGGGUGGCAGCUGGAGUGAUAUGUACAUAACUCUUGGGUGUAAGGACCUAAAGGGGGGGAAUGAUGGAUGAAUAAGUGUGCGCUAUAUAUACCUACACUGAACCCAAGGGCUUGGACUCAACAUGGGAAGAAUAUUUGAAGAUGGGAUAGGAUCGAUAUUCUGGUUAUAAAGCAUGUUUAGGGUUGGGCUUUAAAAUGCAGUCUGCGGAUUGGAUGGGUCUCUGUUUGGCCUAGGUACCGGAUACGAUAUCUGAGGCCUAAUGAUAAUCCUUAACGGGGCUUAUCAUCUAAGGGUGUCCGUCAUAUAAUGAGCUUGUUCUCACAUUUCUACUGAUCAUUCAUGUUGUAAACUGCCGAAAUUGAUGCUGUGUAGCUGUAUCUGAGUUGGUUCUAUCUAGCUCAAGGAGUGUUGGAAAGACUU